AGCUUUGAGACGAAACGUUCUGAAUCUCAAGAUUUUAACCUUUCCUACAUAUUCUGGUCAAAUACCGCCAUUACAUUUCAGCUGCUGACAUUGUGGCCUGCUUAGAGGAAAUUUGAGGUGAAACUUGUUUGGUUGCUUCUGUUUGAGCUUCUUAUUCAGCUUUCUGUGCUUGGUUUCUUUCUGGGUUUCGUGUUGGAAUAACAUUUGGUUCAUUGUAUUGGGUUCUUUUUGGGGAGAAGAAGAAGAAGGAUUCUGGGUUUGAUUGAUUAUCUCCUAUUGUGUUUAAAGUUCAAAUUUUGAUUGGAUAUCUUUGGUGGGUUUGUGAGGAUUCGCUUGGAUAAGGCAAAUUGGGAUUGGAGGUGUGCUGUGGAGGAGAAUUUGAAUAUUGGGUUGGUGGCAGAUUGUGGAAGUUUGAAGCUUUUUGGUCAAGUUUUGGGUGGUCAUGGUGUUGUAGGGUUUUUAUUGGUUAUGAGAGGUUUAGGGAUUGAUGAAAUGAGAAGGAUAUUGAACGUUCGGAAUGACAAUACAACUACAAAUGGGUCUUAUGAGGACAAGUCGUUUCAUUGUUUUGGUUACUCUGCUUUGUGUUUCAGCUUUGAUCAGCUCGGAGGAGAGAUUGAUCACAGAAGAAGUGUUCCUCACUCGACUAGUUGAUCCAGCAACUGGAAGGAUUGAUGGAGAUAUGGCACAGCUGUUAUGGGUACAUUGCAAGGUUGAUUUGACCCAUUUGGUGGAAACUAUUCAAGAUCUUCACUUAUGGUUGCCAGAGGAAAUAUCUGGUAGCACAGAUGAAAUUAGUUCAAAAAGACAGUCACUAGAAGAAAAUUUGCACACAUUAAUAAGCGUCCUUCAUCCUCAGGUGAAACAAACUCUUUCAGAUUGUUUCAGAAAGAAUAAUCUCUUUUUCCAUGUCUCUGGAGAAGAGAGUGCCUCCAAGAUUUGGUAUGCCAAGUAUAUUGAGUCUCUAUGUCCCAGACCUGUUCCAAGAAGAAAUAUGGGCAGCGAAUUGCUAGAGACCUUUGCUGAGGUACCAUCUCCUGCCCCUGGACCAGGAUCUUCUAUAUUCAGUCCUGUAUCAACCCCUGGUCCUGCACCUUCUGCUUCUAGCAUUCCUAGGCCCUUGAGCCCUGCUGCUCCACAAGCAUCAUUUUUUCCUCCUGUGUCCCGAAAUUCGGUUUCACAACCUUCAGUUAGCCCACCAGCUCCCGGCUCUAUUAUACAGAUUAAUAAAAAGACUGAUCGUAAACCAAUUAUCAUUGCAGUUGUGGUAACUGCAUCAGUGACAUUUGUAUUUGCAGCAGUCUUCUUCUUAUGUUGUACUAAAAUUUGUAACAAACAGCGUAAAGGUAGACAAAAUGAUGAGAGCCCCCUCCUUAGCCUGAGCUUAUCCGACUCUGGAGGUUCUCCGUAUAAGUUUCAUCCUUCCGAAAAUUCAAUAAAAAGGGAGAAGCUUGAGCAUGAAUCAUUGGAAUUAGGAUCCAUCACACGUGCAUCCAAAUACCAGUAUGAAAUGUAUGAGGCAUCCAGUUAUGGAAACGGAUCACUACCAUCUCCUCCUGGGAUGCCUCCUUUGAAGCCGCCUCCUGGCAGAGCAAAGCCUCUCCCUCCUGAACCACCUUCUUCUUUUAAGCCUCCUCCUGGCAGGGCUGCUCCUCCACCUACCCCUCCACCUCCUGUACCACCUCCUACUUUGAAUCCAUCUGUUGGUGCAUCCCCUCCGCCACCACCUCCUGCUCUUGGUCUCCGACCUCCAGCUCAUGGCCCUCGCCCCCCAGCUCCUGGUCCUCCUCCUCCUCCAGCACCUCCAGCGGCUGUUCCUCCUCCUCCAGCACCUCCAGCAGCUGUUCCUCCUCCUCCAGCGCCUCCAGCUGCUGGUCCUCCUCCCCCAUCACUUCCAAAGAUUGGCGUUCCUCCUCCUAGGCCACCUCCAUCAAUGCCUUUAGGUUCUAAGCUAGCUCGACCUCUGCCAUUCGCACCAAAGCGUACAUCAAAUGCUGCUUCAAGUGAUGGAUCAGAUGCUGAUGGUGAUGCUCCUAAAACAAAGCUGAAACCCUUUUUUUGGGAUAAGGUUCUAGCAAACCCUGAUCAAUCAAUGGUGUGGCAUCAAAUUAAAUCAGGAUCUUUCCAGUUCGAUGAGAACAUGAUUGAAUCACUGUUUGGGUACAAUAAUUCUGGUGAUAAAAACAAAAAUGAUCGCAAGAAAGAAUCUUCAUCCCAAGAUAACACACCCCAGUUUAUUCAAAUUAUUAAUCCCAAAAAAGCACAGAAUCUUUCAAUUCUUCUUCGGGCAUUGAAUGUGACAACCGAAGAGGUCUGUGAUGCAGUUUGUGAAGGCAAUGAGCUUCCGUCCGAAUUCGUUCAGACUUUGUUGAAGAUGGCACCAACGCAAGAAGAAGAGUUCAAGCUCAGGGUGUUCGAUGGUGAACUUUCUCAACUGGGGCCUGCUGAACGGUUUUUAAAAGGCUUGAUUGACAUCCCGUAUGCCUUUAAACGGUUGGAAGCCUUACUUUUUAUGUGCAAUCUUCAGGAGGAGAUCAUCACCCUUAAAGAAUCCUUUGCAUCCUUAGAGGUUGCUUGCAAAGAACUCAGAAACAGCCGGCUGUUUCUCAAGCUUUUGGAAGCUGUUCUUAAAACUGGCAAUCGCAUGAAUGAUGGAACAUUUCGUGGCGGUGCACAGGCAUUUAAGCUCGACACACUCUUGAAAUUGGCAGAUGUGAAGGGAACAGAUGGCAAGACAACGCUUUUGCAUUUCGUUGUUCAGGAAAUAAUCCGCUCUGAGGGUGUGAGAGCUGCUCGUGCAGCAAAAGCAAACCGGAGUUUCAAUAGCGUUAAAACAGAUGAUCUCCUUGAGGAAACUUCCCUGUACACAGAGGAGCACUAUCGUAAUCUUGGUCUAGAGAAAGUGUCAGGUUUGAGCAAUGAACUCGAAAAUGUGAAAAGAGCAUCAAUUUUGGAUGCUGACAACUUAACAGGAACUGUUGCCAAACUUCGUCAUGGUCUGAUAAAAUCCCGAGAAUUUCUAAAUACAGACAUGAAGAAUUCAGAAGAAGAAAGUGGUUUUCAUGAAACACUGAAGAGUUUUGUGCAGAAUGCUGAUGUUGAUAUCAGGGGUCUGCUAGAGGAAGAAAAGAGAAUCAUGGCUCUGGUAAAGAGCACCGGUGACUAUUUCCAUGGGAAUGCAGGGAAGGAUGAGGGUUUACAUUUGUUUGUUAUUGUGCGGGAUUUUUUGAUAAUUUUGGAUAGGGUAUGCAAAGAAGUUAGAUUGAUUCCAAGCAAGUCCACAAAAGUUCAGAGAAAGGAGGCACCUCCCUCCGAUCCCCGCCAGCCUCCGACAACGCCAUCUGCGUCUGAUCCCCGCACCCCGACAACACCAUCUGCGCUGGAUCCCUUUCCAGAUCUCCAUCAGCGGCUUUUCCCAGCAAUCAAAGAUAGGCGCAUAGACAAUUCUAGCUCAGAUGAUGAAGAUCCAUAGAUUUCCAUCUCAAGAAGAUACUAGAACUGCUUUGAUAAAGCGCCUGCUCGGUUCCAAGCGGGAGCUUAGCCCGCGGCAGAAUCCCUUCUGUUCAAGAUGGUGUUUCGCCAUAUAAACCAAGAUGGACCCUACAGCUCUAAAUAACCUUCAUUGUUAUUUGGUGUCCUGUUGAUGAUGGAAUUGCGACAAAAAGAGUUUGAUGAUACCCUUCGGAAUGCUCACAUCAGUUAGUUAGCAGAACCAUUUUUCACUUAUAUUUUGUUCAUAGAUUUUAUUGUUUUGUAGUAAAAAAAAAGUGUAGCAAGAUAGUUUUGUGAUCUGUAGAAUUGUUCUUCUCAGGAAUGAAAGUUUUUGAUACA